CCCUGCCCUGAUCCUCCCCUCUGCGCCCCCCACCGCCUAGUUCUCCCUCAACCUGCAUCCUUCAUUCCCUCCCAAAUUUGUCCUAACACUUUUCGGCCCCACCAAGAGCAACAGAGGCCCCGCCCCGGACCAUGCUAAUGAGACACCGCGAGUCCCCGCCCGACUGGGUUAUGCAAAUGAAGAGCCAGGAGGCCCCGCCCCUCGCCCCUUCGCUGAGUCUGCGCGGCGCUGCCGGGCCGACGGCGUCUCCCAUCACCGUGUCCGCCCGCGGGGCCUGCCGUCCGUCAGUUCGUCCUGUCGCCCGGGUGACGUCUAAGCGGAGCGGGGGCUCAGACUGUGACAGCCUCGACCCGAGCAAGCUGCGUGGAUGGGGCACUGGACCCAGAGUGCCUACCCUCACCUUCCUGGGCCUCAGUUUCCACAUCUGUGCAAUGGGGUUGACCAUCCCUGCCCUGCUGGCCGCCAGGAGCGGCUGUGAGUCUGUGGGUGUGGCGGAGGCCUGUGGGAAGCCAUAGGGCCCUUUCACAGGCCCCGCCCUGGCGGUCCCAUUCCCUUCCCACGUCCACAGGCCCAGCCUUCACCAUGGCAGGAGGGAGAACUCAAUCGAAGAGGAGUUUCUCCAUCAUUCCCUGCUUUGUCUUCGUGGAGUCAGUGCUUCUGGGCAUCGUGGUCCUGCUUGCUUACCGCCUGGAGUUCACGGACACCUUCCCCGUACACACCCAGGGGUUCUUCUGCUAUGACAGUACCUAUGCCAAGCCUUACCCGGGGCCUGAGGCUGCAAGCCGAGUACCUCCUGCACUCAUCUAUGCCCUGGUCACUGCUGGGCCCACCCUCACGAUCCUGCUGGGGGAGCUGGCGCGUGCCUUUUUCCCCGCGCCACCCUCAGCCAUCCCCAUCAUCGGGGAGAGCACCAUCGUGUCGGGGGCCUGCUGCCGCUUCAGCCCCCCACUGCGGAGGCUGGUCCGCUUCCUGGGGGUCUACUCCUUCGGCCUCUUCACCACGACCAUCUUCGCCAACGCGGGGCAGGUGGUGACCGGCAACCCUACACCGCACUUCCUGUCGGUGUGCCGCCCCAACUACACGGCCCUGGGCUGCCCACCGCCCUCGCCGGACAGGCCAGGGCCUGACCGCUUUGUCACCGACCAGGGUGCCUGUGCCGGCAGCCCCAGCCUGGUGGCCGCUGCGCGCCGUGCCUUCCCCUGCAAGGAUGCCGCCCUUUGCGCCUAUGCAGUCACCUACACAGCGAUGUACGUGACCCUUGUGUUCCGCGUGAAGGGCUCCCGCCUGGUCAAACCCUCGCUCUGCCUGGCCCUGCUGUGCCCCGCCUUCCUGGUGGGCGUGGUCCGCGUGGCCGAGUACCGCAACCACUGGUCCGACGUGCUGGCCGGCUUCCUGACAGGCGCUGCCAUCGCAACAUUUCUGGUCACAUGUGUCGUACACAACUUCCAGAGCCGGCGGCCCUCUGGCCGAAGGCUCUCCCCCUGGGAGGACCUGGGCCAAGCCCCCACCAUGGACAGCCCCCUCGAAAAGUUAAGUGUGGCCCAGGAACCCGAAGCCUGCAGGCCGCAUUCGACACCGGCACGGCUCACCCCAUCCAAGUCGCAGAACUGUGCCCGCCGUGGCCACCUGAUCCCCAGCUGCGUGUCCUCCAGGGCUCCAGCCAUGUGUUCGUCGCCCCGUGUGCCCCGCCCUCGAUUGAGGUCUGAGCCAACGCCCCUGCCCCUGCCCCUGCCCCUGCCAGCACCAACCCCCAGCCAGGGCCCCUCACCCUCCUCCCCCGGGCCUGGGGGGCCGGGUGGGGGUGGCGGACGUGGUCGGAAGUUGCUGCUGCCCACGCCCCUGCUUCGGGACCUGUACACCCUUAGCGGACUCUAUCCCUCCCCCUUCCACCGGGACAACUUCAGCCCUUACCUGUUUGCCAGCCGUGACCACCUGUUGUGAGGCCCUGAUGCCCUCCCAGAAUCUUCCAGGCCCCCUUUCCUUCCCCGCCACACGUGUGGGUGCGUGUGCCAUGUGAGUGCCAAAGCCCUCUGUGCACAAACCAGCCUGGUCGAGGCAUUAGAGGCAGGCUGGAAGGACAUUUGGGGGGCCCCCUGCCUCUCUUGCCCUCUGGGACACCCAAGAGGGCAUUACUGGGAGGUGGGCCCUUGCCCCUAGAAUUACUCUUUUAAGGGCCAAAACCUGACCCCAUUGGCCAUUGCUGAGCCAAUGGGAGCCCCUGGUUCUAAAAUUUCUACUUAAAAGUAGUUUACUCCAGCCAGUGGGAGCCUCCCCUCAUGUCGUAGAAUCCUCAGGCAAGAGGGUAACUCCAGUUAGUGUUCAGCGUCUGAACAACCAAUAGGAGUCCUUGGUUUUCAGAAUUUCUAGGAUGGGUGGGUAUGAUUCCAGUCAAUGGGGGACCGCCAAUGUCUAAGGACAAGCAAAGAAGAGGGAGAUGGGGUCAUCCUUUGUCAUCGGGUCCUCUCUCAGAUUCAGAAGAGUCCAGCUGGAGCAUGGGGGCAGGCUCCCCCAUGGCAGGGUCCUUGGGGCACCCCUUCCUCUCUUAGCCUCUCCCCCAUGUGCAAACUCUCACUCAGUCCCUCCUAACUCCCAACUUAUGCAGGGCUUGCCCCAGUUCAGAGGUUUUGGGGUUCAGGGUGCUGUCUCCCCUUGUCUGUGCCCAGAUCACCCCAAACCUUUCUGUUAUUAGGGCUAUGGGAGGAGACUUUUUUUGCCUUGGAAUCUGCCCUUGUUCUUUCCACUGCCCCCCAUCCCGGGCCCCAGCCUCCUGCAGAUGUGCCAUCAUAGGGGGUAUGGGUGGAGCAUAGAGGGCUCCCCUGCCCCAGGCAGCCAAAGGCAGUGGGCAGAGGAGACACUGCCCCCCUUUCCUGCCCCCCUCCUUAUCUUUAAUAAAGACCUGUUUGUAACAGAA